AAUUGGUCUUUCGUUGUGUCAGUAAAAUAUUUUACUUGAUGCUGCAAUAGAGUAAUGUUUGGUUGCAUGUAAUGCAGCAACCACAGUUGCAAGCUGGAGCUCCACGGCCCUUCCAGCCGAUGUCUAAUUCUGGAGCCAUGAGCAUGACAGGUUUCCCUCAGUCAGCUCGACCAAUGGGCAUGAUGCCUCCAGGCCCACCCAGACCCGGAAUGCCUGUAGGGGCUCCUCAAGGCAUACAAGGAGGCCCCAGAAUGCCUCAAGCUUCUCCUCAAAAUCUGCAAACUCCCAUGCCUCAAGGACCACCAAGAUUGCCUCCUAACAAUGCAUCCAUGGGUGUGCCUCAGCUACAGCAGCAAAUGGCAAAUGUUAGCCUUGGUGGUGGAUCUCAAGAGCAGACAUUCAAAGGAAGUUCCAUCAGCUCCAGCUCACCUUCAUCGUUGACAAAUGGGUUUCCAUUAGCUCCCUCUCCUUCACCUUCACAUGGUCAGAGCAAUCUGCCUCAGACAUCUGUUGCAUCCAUGACCUCAAUGCCUGCUGGAGCUCCAAUGCCUCCUAUGUCUUCUGGGACUCCCAUGCCUUCUGGGGCUCCAAUGCCUCCCUUGUCUUCUGGGGCUCCGAUGCCUCCCAUGUCUUCUGGGGCUCCCAUGCCGCCUAUGUCAUCUGGGGCUCCCAUGCCUCCUAUGUCAUCUGGGGCUCCAAUGCCUUUUAUGUCAUCUGGGGCUCCAAUGCCUCCUAUGUCAUCUGGGGCUCCAAUGCCUCCUAUGUCUUCAGCGGGCCCGAUGCCAAGUAUGGCUAGGCCUGGAAUGGUCAUGCCACAGCCAGGAAUGUCGAGACCACUUGGCCCUGGUAUGGCUCCUACCCAAGGCCCAGGCAUGGCUCCACCUCCUGGCCAUGGCAUGGCUACUCAAACUGGCCCUGGGAUGGCUCCUCCCCGUGGUCCAAAUAUUGCUCCACCACCUGGCUCCGGCAUGGCCCCUCCUCGUGGUGUGGCCCCUCCUCAAGGCAUGGCCCCUCCUCCUGGCAUGGCCCAUCCUCCAGGCAUGGCCCCUCCUCCAGGCAUGGCACCUCCUCAAGGCAUGGCCCCUCCUCAAGGCAUGGCCCCUCCUCCAGGCAUGGCCCAUCCUCCUGGUAUGGCUCCCCCUCCUGGCAUGCCCCCUCCUCCAGGCAUGGCCCAUCCUCCAGGCAUGCCCCCUCCUCCAGGCAUGGCCCAUCCUCCAGGCAUGCCCCCUCCUCCAGGCAUGGCUCCUCCUCGUGGCAUGGCCCCUCUUCCUGGUAUGGCUCCUCCUCCGGGCAUGGCCCCUCCUCCUGGGCCCGGGAUGGCACCUCAGGCUGGAGGCUUUACCCCCGGUUGGCAGUACAUCAGAUCAACAAUGUACAGCGUGCCGUCAACGCCAGACAUGUUGAAGCAAGCAUCGCUGCCGUUCGGUUUGGUGAUCAGCCCGCUGGCGCGCUCGCAGCCUGGAGAACAGCCGCUCUACGCCGGCACUUCUCUUGCCACGGGACCUGUCCGCUGCAACAGAUGCAAAGCAUACAUGAGCCCUUACAUGAACUUCAUGGAUGGUGGCAGGAGGUUCCAGUGCCAACUUUGUCAUCAAAUGAACGAGACGCCGCCCGAGUACUACUGUAACAUGGACAGUCAGGGGGCGAGAGCUGACAAAUACCAGCGUCCUGAGCUGUGUCUUGGAACCUACGAGUACAUUGCAACGCCCGAGUACUGCAGAGAAAAGCAGAUGCCCAAGGAACCUGCCUUCAUCUUCGUGCUGGAGAUGAGCCAGUUGAUGAUACAGCGGGGACUUAUCAGUCUCUUGUGCCAGAACAUGUCGCAACUUCUCCAACAUCUGCCCAAAGACUCCCUUGGCGGCCAAACGGAUGAAAACAGCAGACUACGAGUAGGUUUCAUAACCUAUGAUAGCAACGUGCAUUUCUACAAGCUGCUGGGUCAGUCUCCUGAGAUGUGCGUGGUGUGCGACAAGGAGGAGAUGUUCGUGCCUGUGCCUGAAGGCGUACUCUGUGACCCCAACGAAGCAGCAGAAAAUAUUUCCAAGCUCAUGGACAACAUCCCUCAAAUAUUUCAAGGUACUAAGGAGAACUCGGGAGUUCUAGGCAGUGCUAUUCAAGCUGGCAUGUCCGCUCUGAAGGCAUCAGGGCGCACUGGCAAACUCUUUGUGUUCCACUCAUCUCUUCCGCAAAAUGAAGGCCCUGGCAAGCUUAAAAACCGGGAAGAUCGGAAACUCUUAGGAACUGAGAAGGAAAAAUCUAUUCUCACUCCACAGACAAACUUCUACAAUAAUCUGGCUCAAGACCUCGUUGGAGUAGGUUGCGGAGUUGAUUUGUUUGUGUUUAAUGAUUCGUAUGUGGACCUCUCGACGAUCGGUCAAGUGUGCCGCUUGACUGGAGGCCAAGUGUAUAAAUACAGUUUUUUCCAGCGCGAUCACGACAGUCGAAGGCUCCUCCAGGAUCUCGAGCGCAACCUGAGCAGAGAGAUCGUGUUCGAUGCCGUCAUGCGUGUUCGCACUUCCGCGGGUGUUCGAGCCGUCGAUUUCUAUGGUCAUUUCUUCAUGGCCAACACUCAGGACCUUGAACUUGCGUGCAUAGACAGCAGCAAAGCUGUAGCUGUAGAAGUCAAGCAUGACGAUAAACUUACUGAAGACGAUGGCGUUUAUAUCCAAGUGGCUCUUCUCUAUACCUCCGUCGGCGGCCAGAGACGCCUCAGGGUCAUCAAUCUGAGUCUGAACACUUGCACACAAAUGGCUGAUCUCUACAAGAACUGCGAGCUCGACACUCUCAUGAACUUCUUCGGGAAAAUGUCUAUGACUAAAUUCCUAGAAUCAACUGCUAAACAGGUGAAGGAGCAAUUUGUGUCACGCACUGCUAACAUCUUGGCGUGCUACCGCAAGAAUUGCGCAACUCCUUCUGCAGCUGGCCAGCUGAUACUGCCGGAGUUGCUAAAGCUCUUGCCGCUUUACGUCAAUUGCCUCUCCAGAUGCGAAGCUCUGAGCGGAGGGCAGGACCUAACAUGCGACGAGCGCUCGCUUCACAUCUACCAUCUGUCGUCGUGCACCAUCGAGGCGUCCAUCGUGUACUAUUACCCUCGUCUCCUGCCCCUCAUCCACUGCGAUGAAAACUCGGAUGUGGGCCUCCCAACGCCCGUCCGGACGUCCUACGAGAAGCUGCGUUCGGACGGAGCGUUCCUGCUGGAGAACGGACUGGUGAUGUACUUGUGGGUGGGUUCUAACGCCCCCGUGCAAUGGCUGAACGACGUCUUCGGCGUGAACGCUCCUCACCAGCUAGACCCAACGCUCUCUGACCUUCCCGAGAUCGAUAACCCGACCAGCCGCCGUAUGCGUGCCAUCGUUGACGAAGUCCGGUCUGAGUCUCCGUUAUACAUGCGCAUGUACGUUGUGCCACAGCAAGGCAAGCACGAGGUGGUCCUUAGAUCAUAUCUCGUGGAGGAUAAGGGUGUCUACGGAGCUCCAAGCUAUGUCGAUUUCCUAUGUCACAUCCACAAGGAGAUCAGGACACUUAUGCAAUAGUACAUGUUUGAUAGAAUUUAUUAUACAAACACUUGAGUUCUAUCUCUUGUGUUUAUCUCUCUUGAAAAAUGAGAGUUUUCUUUUUCAUAUUUUUUAAGUCUAUUAUGUAGAGGAAGAAGGAAGCUUCGAGAAGAUGCUAUUGGUUGUCAGAAGCGCUGUUUACUCUGAAUUUGCUCCCUAACUUUUUAGGAUGAAAUUCUAGCCUAGCUUUAUUGAAAUGAUCGUCGGAACUGAUGGUACCAGAUUUAGCUUAUUAGAAUUUCUGCCUGUUGUUGUGCUCAGAUCGAAAGCUUCAGCAAGAUAUGCGCUUCUUUUAUUUAGAUAAUUUUUUCAAAGUAAAUAGAAUAGCUCUUACGAGAGACUGAAGACUGCAAUGAAAGGGAAUACUGAUAAAUAACUUUAGCAGUAAAGGAACAUUUAAUCCACCGGCGUCAUUUCAUUUCGUAGCAGUAAUGUAACUGCUUACAAGAAUUCCCACUCCUGAUGGCUAAAUUCAUUCCAGAAGCGUCAACUGCAGUCUAUAUUUCAGUCUUAUACCGUACACUAUCAUGAUUAUCUUGCAAUGGUCGUCUGAUCGUUGUAUAAAUAAAUACCCUGUGCUAUCCGCGAUAAAGAAACCUUUCUGAAGUGACCAGCAUUUGUUUUACUGUCUCUGCUGGAGUUUUUUAGGGCAGCGCUUCUGACCUGAUCAGCUUAAUCGAAGCUUUGAAAUAUUUUUGGUUUGGGGGCGGGGGAUCGGCCAUUGACUGGACCGCCAUUCUGUAGGGAGCUCACUUCACUUCUCUCUAGUUCGCGGGAUCAUACCUUGCUAUUAAAUUUCUGUAAUUGGCCAAGAGGACAUUUUUACCUGUUAUGUUGCAAAUGUGCAGGUCAAUUUGUUUUAAAAUGGUAUUCAACUGUUUGUGAUCGAAUUUCCUGUAUUAACCAAUUUUGUGUUAGUAGGAAUAAAGUGAAGUGUUGCCCCCUGCAUUGCUGGUCUCCUGAUUGGCCGCCUCCCGCCCUGUUUAUUCGUAUAGUGAGUUUUAUCAAACAUGUCAUGCCGCCGUUACUGUAGAAACUUCUUCCAGCUUCAUUAUUUUUCCAUCUUUUUCAAUUGAAAUAAGUGUAUUGUACCCAUGUAAUAAAGUACAUAAAUAUCUUAUUCCCCUUCCAGUGGUCUUGAGUGUGUUACUAGAUUUGAAUUAUUUAUAUUAGAGCGAUAGGCACUGAAAAUAUUUCACUAAAAGAAGCUGAUGAUCCUUCAUCUGCUGAUUUUCACCUCGUCUUCGAGGCUUAAUUGAUAUGGGUUUAAUAAUUCCUGGACUACAUUUAAUCCGCAAUUAUGCAAAUUGCGUCAUUUGUUACCAGUCAAGUAUUUCAUCUAUAAGACUUAUUGAACAAAACGUUUUUUUUUUUCGUUCUUUUCGAUACUUAAUGUUUCGUUUGAUGUACAUCAGUGAUCCCACAUCUGAAUUAGGGGUUUUAUUCGAAAUGUUGAGUAUUUCUUUGUUAAGGAAAUGAACUGGGAUAGUGAGAAAGAUGGUUUGAUUGAAUUAAAUAAGUUGAAGUGUAUUUGAGUCGAAUUUAAAUUGAUAUUGAAUGAAUUUUGCAAGGCUUCUCAACGCAUUGCGAAUAUGCUGUCCAGCUGAAAUUUCUAGAUUAUUUUCCUGGAAAUGGAAAUAAGUUAAGGUUAUGUUUGUUGAACAUCCACGAUCUUACGAAAUCAUUUUUAUUUUUUCCUUCAAGACCACGAGAUCUGUGCUUCUGCCUAUAAUACAAAGCGAUUGUGUGUAAAUUCUUCCAUCUGUUGGACUUUACAUUGACUGAACGAGCGUUUCAAGUUAAUUUGCAUUAUGUUGACGUUAAAGUCAAAGGCUUCUUCGACUUCAAUUUGGCUUACGUUUUAUUUUGCCGAAUAAACCUGUUGAAAUGUUUUGAAUUUUAGAGCCCGGAGCUUACAAUCGUGGGAAAGAAUUAAUUAAUUUUGAGUUUAUCACAAACGGACGUAAAGUUGACUUAGAUAUUAUUUUUUCGUCUCUUUCCUGUUUACAUUUAUUUGAGCGUCUAAUUUCACGUUAUAAGUUCUUGAAAGAACAAGUAUCACAUAUAUACAUGGAGGCGAUAUUCACUGCUACCUUCCUGGUGGUGCAAUUGAUGCACGAGAGCGAGUCUUGACAUGGUCUGCUUUAUGUGUGUUGUGACCAACGGGAUCGGUAAUGCUAUGCGCCCAUAUACUGUAUAUAUUAUACUAUACAGUAAAUAGGAUACUUUGUAAUGGUCCUGUUGUCUGGAAGAAGUGCUUCAACUAAUCCUUGAUGUGGGGUGUCUAUAGGCUACUCACAUUGCUUGCUCUGAAACCAUUACCACUUGUUACAUUAUUGAUAUUUAAUUAGAAUGCAUUAAGUCUGCUCCACGCUCUGUUGUAUGCUAUGUUGAUUGAAAACUGUAGUCGAUAGUUACAAAUUUAUUCCUAUUAUUCAUAAUUUCAUUUUGUUAUGGAGGUGCUCCCAAGACAUGAAAUUCAACUUCAAAAUUCAACAAAGUGUUUCCUUCAACCGAAUUCAAAUUGUAGAAAUAGUUGUUUCUACUGAAAUUUUUUAUCAUUGAUGAUCGACUACGUAUACUUGAAAUUAGGGAAAGCUUUCUAGUUUUUUUUUUUCAUAAACAGUUGGUUGCGAAAGGUCUGUUAAGUUCCUUCAUUUAAAGUAUUCUCUCAGUUCACUCAACAUUUCCAUACAGAUUUCAGAAAUGAAGCGUUUUUCUAAGAUUUUGUUCCAGGCAACUUUGUCGUACUUGUAUGAAGCUCAGUGACAGACACCAUUGUUUAUUUUCCAUUUAUUCUGCUUACGCUGCGUAUGGUUCGAGAACUAUUAAAUUAGCCUUUGUAUAGCGUUACUUAAACGGUAUGUUCCCAUAUGUGGAUUACUAUUGUUCGAACUUAUUCACUGUUAUUUUAACUCUUAGUAGAUCAAUGCGAACUCAGCGAUUGAAUUAAAGUAGCUCUCAUAUUUUUCUAUGUUUUCCAAAGUAAGUUAGUCGGUAUGGGAUUGUCAUCAGUAGAGUAAGUAAUGUUGCAUUCUAUUUUCCUCUGUAAAUAAACUUUGCUGCUAAU